CGGCACGACUGCUUUACUUUGUGUUUCUUUCUUCUUUCCGAGUCGUAUUCGAGACCUGGUAGUAGCUAAUUGGUGGGAGGGGAACGGUGGGGUUUUCCGGAGCUUCGAUGCAUCUAAGGUGGGGACCUCGUCGGCGUUCCCCCCGGCUGCUAGCCCAAGGCGGCGGACCGGAUCUCAUCAGUGACCUCCCCGACGACCUCCUCCUCCUCGUCCUCGCCGGCCUACCCUGCGUCAGCGCUGCCGCGCGCACCGGGGUCCUCUCCCGCCGGUGGCGCAGCCUCUGGCCCAGCCUCCGCCAGAUCGUCUUCAGCGACGUCCCGUUCCACUCGCUCGAAGCGGUGCUCGACCGCUUACCUCGACCCCUGCCCGUGGUUUCCCUCAUCAAAAUCCGCUUCCCCAACGAGCGGCUACCAUGGCCGAUCCCCGAGGAGCGCCUGGUCGACGCUGCCAGCGUCAACUCGUUGCUCCGCGCCGCCGCGCGGCUCGAGCCGGAGGAGUUCGAGUUUGAGCUCCCCACGAACUUACUCGACGGUCCGCUCAUCGUCGACCUGCCUUGCUUCCACCGCGCCACCUCCAUCCUGCUGGACCUUCACCCCGUCGACGUCAUCCUCCACGUGCCAACCGGCGUCGAGUUCCCCGCACUCGAGGAGCUGCACCUGUGGGCAUGCACCGCCGACAUUGACGCCUUGCCCUCCUGCUCCCCGCGCUUGCGCACGCUCUGCCUGAGUAACGUUUAUUCCGACAACGACGACCUCGCUGUGAGCGCCACGCUUGCGGUCAGCUCGGCGUCGCUGCAGGAGCUUGUCCUGCUUCAAACCGACUGGAUGGAUGGCGUCAACAUCGUUGCCCCCACGCUUAGGCAAUUGACCGUGUCUUUUCCGGCAAUGGAGAAGGUCAGCAUCUCGGUCUUGGCACCAAUGGUGGAGAUGGUCGCGUGGAGAUGCUGCUACUUCGAGCUGUCCAUCGUGUUCGGUGUUUGGCGACUCGAGCAGGUGACUCUGCAGACGGCUGAGAGACCAGGACAGCUGCCUUCGCUGCAGAUUCAUGCCAGCGCCAAUCCUAUUUUUGUCAGUGAAGAGGAGACAUUUAUGCACGAGAUAGAGAAGCAUAUGUUUGCCGAGUUUUCUGUUUUGGAGCUACAUCUCGAAACAAAUGGACAUGUGUUUGGAGCGCUCGCGUUUCAUGUCCUAGGGAUGAAUAGAAUUUGUAGUGCUAUGCAGAAGCUUAAGGUCAUUCUACAGAGAUCAUCGGUGAAAGAAGGAUGCUCACCUCAUUGUCCAUGUGAGUCCACGGGGUGGAGAUCCCAAACUAUCUCCUUGACUCGAAUCGAAGAAGUGGAGAUCAGUGGUUGUGGAGGAGACGAUCAUGACAUUGAUUUCUUGAAACUGAUACUCAAAUGUGCGCCAAGGCUCAAAAAAAUGAUUGUGAAGCUGUCAGAUGGCGGGGCCUCAUCAAGUGACGAUGGAUGCACAAACAUAUACAACAUUUUCAAGGCUUAUUCUUCCGUGGAACUCUGUUUAUCUUAGCUCUGGGUUAAUGCUCAGCAGCCAAAACUCCCCCUCAGCAUGAUUGCCAUGGUUAUGCCUGGAUCCGCGGUGCUCGUCGACAUGAUUAUCCUUUCUAAGAACAACCAACUCUGUUACCUGGUCUUAAAAUUUUGCUUUGUUGCUUCAUCCGAUUAUCUUAGGUGUUGUUUUUCAGUGUGUGGUAGCUUUAUAUAUGGCUGUAAGUGAUGCACUCGUAGAUAACUCCUGAAUGGUUCCCGGGCCAUUCAGGCAUUCAGCUAUCAAAGUUAAUGCACUAAACCUGUGUCAGUCAUGCACUCCAAAGCUAAUGACAAGUUAAGCCUAUGGUUUCAA